AUGCCGUCCAGCCGACGGCUCAAAGCCACCGGCCUCCUCGCCCUCCUCACCCUCCUCACCAUCCUCUACAUCACCCACGGCACCAGCAGCACCCACAACUCGCCCUUCUACACCCGUACCGUCGCCGCCAUCCAAGCCCGCCAAUCCAACGCCGCCCGCGAAGACCUCGAGGCGAAGCAGCACCAGCAACGUCUCGAGCGCGUGGAGCGCGAGCACAAAGUCGCCAUGUCCGCGGCCAAGGACGACGAGGUACCGCCUAAACCUAUUCCCAGCGCGGGUGUGGGGGCUACAGGGAACCCCUACGAGCAGAAGCCGAUUGCCGGACGGAAGAUGAUGGGGGAUGGGAAGGUGGUGCAUGAUGCGAGCGGGAAGCAGGAGGGGGACGACGGGGUCGCGAAAGUGGGGAAUGUAGGCCCGCAGGCUUCGCGAGCGGCGGUGGGGGAGGACGAGGAGGCGAAGAAGGAACAGCAGAAGGUGGAGACGGCGUUGAAUGAGGUGUUGAAGAAGGGGCCGAUUAUUGUGUUCAGCAAGAGUUAUUGUCCGUUUAGUAAGAAGGCGAAGCACAUAUUACUAGACCUCUACAACAUCUCCCCGCCCCCCUACGUGGUGGAGCUGGACCAACACGAGCUCGGUCCCGGCUUGCAAAAGGCUUUAGAGAAGAUGACGGGACGGAGAACAGUACCCAACGUCCUCGUCAACGGCCGCAGCAUAGGCGGCGGCGAUGACAUUGAGGAGCUGCAUGUCAGCGACAAGCUCAUGAGCACGAUUUCGACGAUGGGUGGGAAGCGGAUUAUGAAGGUGGAGAAGGCGGAGCCGGCGGAGAAGGCGGAUGAGAAGAAGGCGGAGAUGAAGUUUAAGGCGUGA